UUGUGCACCAAGAAUUCAGUUCAGGUUCUUGGCAAAUGGGCAUCAGCAUCAUCCAUUAGCCAACAGGAUGGAGAUCACAUCUUUAAAUUCUCAGAAGCAGCCAUCACUGUGCAAGGAUGGAGAAGACUGUCAAGAAAAUGGAAUUCUACAGAAGGGUGUCCCCACCCCUGGGGAUAAGAAGGAGUCCGGCCAGAUCUCUAAUGGGUACUCAGUGGUUCUGAGCCCCAGUGCAGGAGAUGACACUCAGCAAUCCAUUCCAGCUGCCACCACCGCCCUAGUGGCUGAGGUUCACCAAGAGGAACGGGAGACCUGGGGCAAGAAGAUGGAUUUCCUCCUGUCGGUCAUUGGCUACGCCGUGGACCUGGGCAACGUCUGGCGCUUUCCCUACAUAUGCUACCAGAAUGGAGGGGGGGCGUUCCUUAUCCCCUACACCAUCAUGGCCAUUUUUGGGGGAAUCCCACUCUUCUACAUGGAGCUUGCGCUGGGCCAGUACCACCGAAACGGGUGCAUUUCAGUAUGGAGGAAAAUCUGCCCGAUUUUCAAAGGGAUUGGUUACACCACCUGCAUCAUUGCCCUUUACACCGCCUUCUACUACAACACCAUCAUGGCCUGGGCACUCUACUACCUCAUCUCCUCCUUCACCGCCCGGCUGCCCUGGACCAACUGCAAGAACUCCUGGAACACUGCCAACUGCACCAACUACUUCUCGGAGGACAACAUCACCUGGACACUCCACUCCACGUCCCCUGCGGAGGAAUUUUACACGCGCCACAUCCUGCAGAUCCACCGCUCUACGGGACUCCAGGACCUGGGCAGCAUCAGCUGGCAGCUUGUCCUCUGCAUCCUGCCGAUCUUCGCUGUCAUCUACUUUAGCAUCUGGAAAGGCGUCAAAACAUCUGGCAAGGUGGUGUGGGUGACAGCCACCUUCCCUUACAUCGUCCUUGUGGUCCUGCUAGUGAGGGGGGCCACCCUCCCUGGGGCCUGGAGGGGUGUUCUCUUCUACUUGAAACCAAACUGGCAGAAACUCCUGGAGACAGAGGUGUGGGUAGCUGCUGCCUCUCAGAUCUUCUUCUCUCUUGGUCCUGGCUUUGGGGUCCUACUGGCUUUUGCUAGCUACAACAAGUUCAACAACAACUGUUAUCAAGACGCCCUGGUGACCAGUGCGGUGAACUGCAUGACCAGCUUGCUCUCGGGCUUUGUCAUUUUCACGGUGCUUGGAUAUAUGGCUGAGAUGCGGAAGGAGGAUGUGUCCGAGGUGGCCAAGGAUGCGGGCCCCACCCUCCUCUUCAUCGCAUACGCAGAAGCCAUCGCCAACAUGCCGGCGUCCACGUUCUUUGCCAUCAUCUUCUUCUUGAUGUUAAUCACACUGGGCUUGGAUAGCACAUUUGCAGGCUUGGAGGCGGUGGUCACCGGUGUGCUGGAUGAGUUUCCCCACAUCUGGUCCAAGCGCCGGGAGCUGUUUGUGCUUGGUGUGGUCAUUACCUGCUUCUUUGGGUCCCUGGCCACCCUGACCUUUGGUGGGGCCUACGUGGUGAAGCUGCUGGAGGAGUACGCCACAGGGCCCGCGGUGCUCACCGUUGCCCUGUUAGAAGCCAUUGCUGUGUUUUGGUUCUACGGCAUCACUCAGUUCUGCAGCGAAGUGAAGGAAAUGCUGGGCUUCAGCCCCGGGUGGUUUUGGAGGAUCUGCUGGGUGGCCAUCAGCCCUCUGUUUCUUCUGUUUGUCAUUUGCAGUUUUUUGAUGAGCCCGCCACAGCUACGACUUUUCCAGUAUAAUUAUCCUCGUUGGAGUAUCAUCCUGGGUUACUGCAUCGGAACCUCGUCUUUCAUCUGCAUCCCCACAUAUAUGACUUACCGGCUGAUCAUCACUCCAGGGACACUGAUGGAGCGUAUUAUUAAAAGUAUCACUCCAGAAAAACCAAGAGAAACUCCCUGUGGGGACAUCCACUUGAAUGCCGCAUAAGACGCUUCAGUGAGAGGAAAGUAGCUUCCCAGCAACCUCUGCCCCCAGUUCUGACAAGUCCCACCUCAUCUUCUCCCUCUAAGUGAAUGAGUUUCCAGCUAAGCCUGACAAUGGAAGGGCCUUCUUCAUAGAGACUCAGCCCCAAAGGACUGUGGUGCCCAGACUCUUACAGCCUCCAGCCACUUGUUGCUGUGAGGUCUCCCGGACAGAUUACCAUGUUACACUCUGUGAUGCAGCUGAACUGGACUAUCUUGGAUGCAUGAGGGUGUGUAUGGAGGUGAUGAGAACCACCAUAUACCAGUUAGGGUUAGGUCUAGAGAAUCAAGUCUGUGAAUGUCUCCUGUAUCAUUUGUUGUUAUGAUCAUUAGUAUUGUGGGGGGAUAGUAAGAAGCUAGGGAAAUUCCUUGACAAGUGGAAUAAGGGAAACUGAGACAAUUAAGCAAGGCCAAACAAUUUGAGCAAUUUACAGCCAGCUAAUGAAUCACAAGGUUUUAUCUUCCCUAACCAAGGACACUUAGGAGCAAACUGUUUACAUUCCAGACUGUCCCAGGACAGACCAGCCUCAGUCCCUCUUCGAUGACGUUCUUUAACAAUAAAAGCAACCAGAAAAUAACCCUGACAAAUCAACAUAUUCAAGGACACAUGUGGAAAGCUAAUGAAUAUUCUGUUAAGACCUUCCCUUGAGACCUCCCCAAGGAGUCCCACCUGCCAAAGAUAAAAAGCCUCAAGACAAAGGACCUACUGUGCACUCUCCCUAGUGCACAGCCAUGCCUUUAUCUCUGCUAUCUUUCUCCUAAACUCUAAGGGUCCCCGCAAGACUUGCAACCAGGAGGGCAACGGGCAAUGGCAGCUCAUCCCACCCAGGCUAACCCCCUGAACCUGUCUCCAAGGCCCCCUUUUCUCUGACUUUACAGUGAACUAAUGGCAGCCCCACCUUGGCUCACCUAUUUUACUGUGACUUCUAUUUCUCAGUGAGCCAAAGCAGUCCUGCCUAGGCUCUCUCCUGUUGCUUCUUCUACCAAAGCCCUUCCUUUGCUGCACUUUCCCAGCUUUAAUAAACAUAUUCUCAAAAU